GCAGCUAUGAACGCUGACGUGCAACUGAGCAUGGCGCCGUCCCCGAACACUGCUCCCCGGGUGGACAGCUUAAAGUGUCCUGUGAUCACUAUGGUGAUUGGUCACGUUUCAUUGAGCAUCAGUUACAAUAUUUCACUUUCACUUCAGAAGGUUUAAAAAAAAUCUUUAGGUCGUGUUAUCUAAAAAGUCAUCAUGAUCGCCAUCGUGACUUUUUUUAACCUUGGAAGCAGGGGACUCAAACUCCCGACCCACAGGCCACUUGCAGCCCACAGACCACCCACAUGUGGCCUGUGACUAGAUGUCAGUUCAACGCAGUGGUUCUUAAUUAUUCCAUACAUCCGUAGGACACACACUAUAGAACUGUUCUUAAGUCAAGGUGGAACCAAGGUAUUUUUUCUCAGAGAAAAGGUGGAAGGAAUCAUUUGGGAUGACAACGUUUUCUGAAACAUUUAAUGAAAAAACUAGAGAUCUGAACUAUUUGGCUGCAGUCCAAAAAAUGUGGGAACCCAUUCUCACUUUUGACAUUUGUGUCACAGGUCGGCCUCAGGAUCACCAUGACUUUCAUGGUGACCUAAUAAGAAGAUUAGACAAAAUGUUAAACUUCAAAGCCUUAAAAGUUGUGACAUCAUCAUUCUGUUACUACUGUGGAUUUUCUGGACCGAAAGAUGAGUCAACUGAAAGUUACGUUUCUUGGUCUUCCCGAUCAGUUUCCAACAUGGCUUUUAAUAUGCAACCUAAAAGACGGCCGAGCGGUGUUUACACCGUCUCCAAUCAGCCCAUCUCUAAGGAGAUAGUCUUCAGAAAUCCACAUGAACUGACACACUCUAAAUUUAAAAACAUCAUGUACGACUACCGUGUUCUGGCGGGAAACUCAUCCUCAGAGUCACCAACUCCAACCAAGUACAAAUAUGUCAGGCUACGCUUAAAACCAGAAGUCCACAAAAGAGCCGUUGCUCGUAGAGAGGCCAGAGAGCAGCAGGUCCGAUACCUCAAGAUUCCUGACCCCCUAAAACCCCGACCGUAUGUGGAGGUAGAAACGGAUCCUCAUCUCCUCGAGUGGUGCGUAAUCGUAGAAGACGAGGACGUUGACUCCCAGACUGACACGUACAGGCCCAAAUCACCUAGCCCACCCCUGAUACCCGCCAAAACCGGCAAAGACUUCGAGGCGCAGUCGGAGCUGUUUGACUUCGACUUCGAGGUGCAACCCGUGGUGGCCGUCAUCACGUGCAAGACAAUAGAGCAGUCUUUGAUGGAGGUGAUGGAGGAGGAGGAGCUGGCCUGUCUCAGAGCUCAACAAAAGGCCUUCCUGAAUCGCCAGGCCGGGGAGGCAGCCAAGGUACGGCGGCUUCAAGAGCGAGACAGAUGUUUCAGAGAGGCAAAGGGUCAAACUGUUGCCCAACAGAGGGAGCUGCUGGACAGAGAACAAGAAGCUGCCGACAAAAUUGCCGCAAGGGCGUAUACCCUUCAGUACUUGGGCGACCUCUGUCCGAUGGCCUUCGGCUGGCUCACGACUAACGGCUACUUUUACGACCCCGUGGAAAGAGAAAUGGAGACCAACUUGUUCCCGUGGCUAAUGGCUCGGGUUAACGAGAAUUUGGAGAGGAGAUAUUUAGCAAGGCUGAUGCUGGACACCGUUAUCUACAGAGUAGCAUACAUAUGAAUGGCCACAGGGUGGAAAACAAACGGGUACGGGACAUACAGCGUCUUUGAUUUUCACAGAU